UUUUGUAGGGUCAAGUUGUUCGAUUGCUGGGAUCAAAAGAUGCUUCUUGGUGAGCUUGAAGCUUUUUGGUCUGCAUAGAUUGGCUUUGAAAUGCAAAGGCAGGUCUUUUACUCAAAGGACUUGAUGCUUGAUUGAAUUCCUCAAAUUGGUGAAACCGGGUGUCGGCUCAUCAAAAGCCUGGCCAUUAGCCUAGUAACCCUGGUUGUCAAGCAGGGUUGAUGAAGGGGUAUCUCAUUUGAGGUUAGUAAUACAGUCAUCUGUGAUAGCCAAUAAUGCGAGAUGAAGAUUUUGUGCUGAAACUAUAUGUGAGCUUGUGCAAGUGUUGGGUUAUACUGACUUGUACAUGAAUGGCUUUAAUGAAGCAAGGAGAAAUUAUCGUGCGUCAUUGCACUGGAAAGAGCCAUCUCUUGAGAUUAUUUUUUCCUCACUUCAGUCAGAAGAGAGCUUUAUCAUGGAGGCAAAAUAGAGAGCUCGUAUUCUGCAAAAACACCAAAACAGCACCAAAUUCAAGUCAAGCACUUUUGCUGGAGAAAGUUGGAGUUGCACUUAAAGAUCACAAAAUAGAAGAAGCCUGGUAUAUAUUUAAGGAUUAUAGAAAGUCAUAUGAUAUUCCAGAUUGUUCCCUCAUCAAUAGAUUGCUCACUGGACUUUCGUACUCACCUGACCCACAAUGGCUACGCAGAGCUUGUGAUUUAGUUUUCAAGCACUGGAAGAGAAAAUCGCACCUUUUUCAUGUCGAAGUUCUAGCUAAGUUGGCUCUCUCAGUAGCGAGAGCUAAAAUGCCUGUUCCCGCCUCGAUGAUCCUCAGAUUGCUGCUGCAGAAGAAGUACCUACCGCCCUUUGACAUAUUGAAUUUAGUAUUACUGCAUAUGGUUAAGACAGAGAUUGGGACAUAUCUUGCAUCCAAUCUACUGUUUCAGAUGUCUGACUGUUACCAGCAUAUAACCAUACGCGGGAGCAAUCUUCGAAACAAGAUGAAGUCUGACACGAUUAUCUUUAAUUUGGUGCUUGAUGCUUGUGUGAGGUUUGGAUCAGCAUUAAAAGGCCAAGACAUAAUCGAGUUUAUGGCACAGUCAGGAGUAGUUGCGGAUGCACACUCGAUUAAUAUCAUUGCGCAGAUUUAUGAGAUGAAUGGCCAGAGGGAUGAGAUUAAGAACUAUAAGGGUCAUGUUGAUCGCAUUCCAGUUGCACUUGUUCCUCAUUAUCUGUCUUUCUAUAAUAGUUUGUUGAGCUUGCAUUUCAAGUUUACUGAUAUCAGUGCUGCUGCUGAACUUGUCUUGGAUUUGGAUAAAUAUCGCGAGGCUCUUCCUCUGAACGUUGAACAGAGGCCUCACCUUGUCUCAGUUGGAUCUCCCAAUCUCAAAAGUGGACUGAAGAUGAGAAUUCUGCCCGAGCAAUUGGAUAUUGAUCGCACCUUUGAAGCAGAAAGGAAAGAAGAUCUUGUUGCAGUUAGGAAUGGAAAGUUCAACCUCACCAGCAAAGCUCUUGCCAAGUUCAUAUAUGGAUACAGAAGAAUUGGGAGUAUCAAUGAGCUUUCAAGGCUGUUGUUAAGUAUCCAGGAGCAGAAGGCAUCACCAGGCAGAAAUAAUCUGUUUCUGUGUGUGAUUAAUGCAUGCAUAGGUGUAGGUUGGAUGGAGACUGCUCAUGAUCUCUUGGAUGACUUUGAAUUUUCUGGGGCUGCUAUUGACUCUUCUGCGCAUAUUGCAAUUCUGGAAGCUUAUUAUGAACGAGGCAUGCUUAAGGAAGCAAAUGGACUGGUAAAACAGAUGAAGAAGAGUGGUGUGCUCAGUAGUUGUUUUGAUGAGACGACCAUCUUCACUAAUGUUCUGGAGAAAGCAGCCACAAGUGAACCCAGUUCUAAUAUGCCAUCUGCUGUUGAAUAUUCUGAUCUGACCAAAAUGCUGGUUCAAAUUAUUGAAGAGGAGGAAAAGUCCACUCCGUGUGUGCAUUACGAGCUGAAUACCUCAAUUUACUUUUUCUGCAAGGCCGAAAUGAUGGAGGAUGCUUUGAAAACCUAUAGAAGAAUGCAAGAAAUGGAAAUCCAGCCCAAUGAGCAAACCUUUGCAAUUUUGGUGCGUGGGUAUUCAUCUUUGCAAAUGUACCGCGAUAUAACCUUCUUGUGGGGGGACAUGAAAAGGAGUAUGACACAGGAUAAUUUAGUGAUAAGCAGGGAUAUUUGUGAAUCCCUGGUGCUGAGCUUUAUUCGAGGUGGUUACUUUGAGAGAGUAAUGGAGGUAAUUAGCUUUAUGAUGGAUCAUAAACUGUUUGCUGAUAAGUGGAUGUACAGAAAGGAGUUCCUAAAGCUCCAUAAGAAUCUUUACCGGAAUUUAAGUGCAUCGGAGGCUAGAACAGAAGCUCAAAGAAAGAGGCUUGAGCAUGUUCGUGAGUUCAGAAAAUGGGCUAGGAUCGACUAGUUUCCACUUUCCGACGGACAAAAGAUGGGCUUCAUACUCAGCGAUGCACUAGUUAUGGGAAGUCAAAGCAAAACGUCAAACUUGCAUACCCUAUAGUUUUCUGGAGAUUGGAGUCAUUGAUAUCUUCACGCCCAGUAACCAGAGUAAUCUUCUGUCUGGUUUUUCUGUCAUCUCUAAGUUAAUGCCGGUGGAAAUUACCCAUCCUUUCUAACAUCAUGCAUAUCAAUUGAACUGUAAAUUGUCUACUUUGUAAAGCUCUUUUUUCUCAUUUAGUGAGGUACAUAUGCCAUAAUUCAUGUUUAGAAAUUGGCUGUGGCCGAACACUGAGAUCAGAAAUGGUCGGUACUUAUCUCUAAUGCUUGAACCAUCACAUUCUUCC